CUCAUUUGCAAGCGUCGCUCGGUAUUUGGGUCCGCGUGUCCGUGUGCGCGUGAGUUUGUCUUUGUGUCCUUUAUCCUUACGCCCAUACAUUACGUACACAUCUUGGCCAACAGUUGGCUUCAUCCGUUCGCGUAAAAAAAAAGUACUAACGGACUGCUUUAAGCAUCCGGCAAAAAUUUGUGCAAAGAAGGCGGCGGCAGCGGUGGAGGAGGAGGAGGAGGCGGAGGAUACAGAGUUUUGAAGAGCGACAAAAACAUUUCCGAGCAUCAUAAAAGGCAACACAACGUGAGAGGCGGCAACGUAGGCGUUAACAUCGUCAUUAUCAUCAUCGUCGUUAUCAUCAUCAUCAUCGUCAUCAACAGCAUCGUCAUUGUUGUUGUUGUUGGUGUUGCUUGCUGUCGUCACACAACAUUUUAUGACGGUCGCAUAAUAACAAACAAGCAACCAUCCAACCAAACGGUAAACGGCAACGGCAACAGGAACGAACGAUGCAAAUUACGUGCCAUAUGAAGCGUCAAAGCUUUUGAUUUGAUUGCCAACACCCGACGCAUAGCAGCAAAAGCAACCGGAGCACCAACAAUCGUACCAGUCACUCACUCACACAUUAACUGAUUGAUUGACCAACCGCAGCGGCAAGACGACAUAGACAUAGAGCGAGAGAGGCCCAGGACUAGAAACCAGGACAUAGAAAACCUAGGCACAAGUAGCAUUCGACCGAGAUCGGGAGAGUCGGCAAUACAAUGAACAAAAAGCCGCCAUUGCCGCUGGCGGCCUUUCUGGGUGGCGGCAGCGAUGGCAAUGGCAGCAACAAUAUUGCCAAUGCAUCGAACGGUGGUGGUGGUGGAACUGGCGGCGUCACCGUCGGUGGAGGACGUGGAUCGGGACGACAAAGUGGCGGCAGUUCGGCCCUAUGCUUUGCCAGCGGUCCAGCAAAUGGUGCCCAAGGUGGUGGAGGUGUUGCCAAUUCAUCAACAUCAUCAGCCACAUCCGGUACAUCGGCCACAGGAGCCAAUGGCAAAACGGAGAAACAAACAAAUCGAGAGUCCAGCUCGGGGGGUAUUAGUUUGUGCGGUUGCCAGAAGGCCCCCAAAUCGCAUUGCAUAUCAGCGACAGGUGUCCUUCUAUUGGUCCUACUAUACACGGCCAUGGGCUCAAUUAUAUUCGUAACACUCGAAGGUGAAUUAGAGGAUGCAACCGCCUUGGAGACGGCAGUGGCGGCCUCAAAACCCUAUCCACGUACCGAAUUGGCUAAUGCCGAAAUACGCUCAAGAACUGUUGAUCGGUUGUGGUCCAUAACUGAGGAUCUGAAUAUACUCUAUAAGGAGAACUGGACACGUUUGGCUGCCCAGGAAGUUCAACUUUUUCAGGACACUCUGUUGCGUGCUGUAAGGCAGUCGAAGGUCUAUCAGCCGGGAGGCAUUCAAAUGAAUGCGCCAACUCACAAAUGGACUUACGCUUCAGCCUUUCUCUACUCCCUGACAUUAAUUACAACGAUAGGCUAUGGCGGCAUCUCUCCCCGCACUCAAUGGGGUCGUGUGGCUGCUCUAGUUUAUGCACUCUUCGGCAUACCCAUUGUCCUGCUCUACUUAUCGGCCAUGGGUGAGGCUCUGUCUGCAGGGAUGCGUUGCCUCUUUCGUCGUAAGCGCAGCUGUGUUAAAGGAGGCGGUGGCGGCGUUGUUGGCAGCGCCGUAUCUGGAUCAGGUGGUGCCAGCGGCAGUGGCAGCGGGCGAAAAUCGGACAAGAGCAGCAAACAUUAUGUCCAUCAUGGUGGUGGUGGUGCCGGCGGCGGAGGUAGUGGUGCUGGUGGUAGCGGCGCUAGCAAGUUGCAUCAAUAUGGAUUACCACCUUCCGUCUAUCAGCAACAGCAACAGCAGCAGCAGCAGCAACACCAACACCAACAGCAGCAGCAGCAUCAUGGCAAAAAGUCAUCGAAUGGAGGCGGAUCGCCCAGUGUUCCCAUUUCAAUUUGCGUAUGCGUACUGCUUUGCUAUGUGACCAGUGGAGCCAUUCUCUUUCACAAGCUGCAAAAUUGGAGUGUCCUCGAAUCGCUGUACUUUUGCUUCACAUCGUUGGGCACCAUUGGAUUCGGGGAGCUGGCGCCUAGCGGCCCUUUGACUUUGUAUACAGCCUCCGCGUAUAUAUUGGUGGGCAUGGCAGUGGUGGCCAUGUGCUUCAGUCUGAUACAAACGGAAAUUGUUUUGUGGUUGCGCAAAUUCAGCGUCCAAGAUCAUGUAAUGCCCAAGGCGGAGGAGUUGGCUCUCGUUUCGGUGGCUGUAACACCGAAACCCUCCUGACAACGACCCAGUGCUGCGGAAACGGUGGGCGUGCAGCCAGCCAGCAGCCUGGCCCAACAUCAGACCAUGUUCUUUGGCCCGGCCCACACAUUGACCCAAUACAGUUCGCUUCCAAGGCGCAGUCAUUUGCAUGCCGCCAUGGGCGGAGUCGGCGGAGCAGCUGGUCCACUAUCCGGUUCGGCUUUUCAACGAAACACGCCCAUACGUCGCUCCACAGGGAUACCCGAGCAUCAUAUGGAAUACUUUGUGCCGCGCAGCAUAAGCGAGUUUAAUCUAUCGGGUGUCGGGGAUCUGGCAUUGCCCCCACCCAGACGCUUCUCGCCCAACAUCAACACCAUGAAUCCGGGCAUGGGAAUGACUGGCAUGUCGGGCAUGGGCCCUGGCAUGGGUAUGUCUAAUAUGGGAAUGGGCAUGGGUGUGGGUAUGACUGGAAUGGGUCUACCACAUGGCCUCCAAUUGGGUCCACCGCAAACGUUACUUUGCCCCAAUGCAGCAGCCGCAGCAGCAGCUCCUCCACCGCCUCCAGCUCAAUUGCAAAUUGUGCAGCUUAAACCGCGUAGCGAGAAAAUGGUCACCUUUGAGGAUGAAUCCAAGCAGAAUGGAUCUUCACAAGCUGUCACCUGUCCCCAUGGUGUGCCCACAACGCCGCGCAAAUCCCUUGCAUCCGGUGGCGGUAUCGGUGGUGAUAUGUUCAUGUGA